UUCGUCUGCAACUGCGUCGUUCUCGCGUGGUCACAUUUCGGUCUAAUAAGCUGGUGCGAGUGUGACUUAAUUCUUUUAUUUUGUUUCAUCAGAUAAUUACUUGGAUUGGUCAAGAAAAUGAUAACUACGGUUAGACGUGAGCUGUGUAGCCUAAACCGUAUGGAAUAUACCCCUUUUGGAAACACACGAGCUCGAAACGUUUUUAAGGAUUUCUGGUUUGGAGGGAAUAUAAAUGACGCGAAUGAAGUGACAAAGGUUCUCUUUUUGGGUUGUGGUGAUCUAAGAAAUACCUUUCAAGCCAUAGCUUCCAAGCCUCCUAAAAAUUUAGAGAUACAUCUGAAUGAUUUGAAUCCUUCUAUUUUGGCUCGAAAUAUCAUAAUCUUAAAAAUCAUUUCAGCACAUGAUUUCAAUCCUGAUAAUGUUGCAGAUUUUGGUUUUCUGUGGGAUGUGUGGUACAAUAUGGAUUGGCCUGAAGAAACCAGGAAGAGGUUUCUUUCUGUUGUGAAGGAGUUGACGAAUGAGAAAUUACCAGAAAAUGUCUCAAUUCCAAACAGUUGUCACUUUGAGCAGUUAAAGAAUUUGUGGAGUAAUUGGAAUUCUGUUUCUUCUCAAAAUAAAAGCGAUUCUGAAUCACUCCUGCAAAAAAGCUGGGGACAAAGGAAUCAGUGCUGCAUAGAUUACUGGGAAUUCUUGUAUCAAGGAUAUUUACCAGAGAAAGCACAACUGGAAAAUUCUGACCUUUUCACUUGUUUUGUAGAUGAACAUGCUUUGCAGUUUAAAGAUCGUGAAUGUUUUAUAGGAUUGCCUCCUUGUGUUCGAGAAAAAAUUUAUGAUGAAGUGCUUAAUAACUACAGAAACGGCAGCAGCCGCCUUCAAAAUAACGACCAACCAGUGUGCGUUAACCCAACUAUGCUGAACCCCGAGACCCAUGAUUGGAAUCUCUUCUGCUUAACUCCGUUUGAAGGUUAUCUGCCAAUGGAGAAAGGAGAGCUGAUUACUUCAGUUGAACAAAUCAUGACCCACUCCUGCUCCGAAGUACUUAAGAGAUUGGUGUCUUCCUAUCGCAGCCGAAUUUCAACAGUCGAAAUCGUUUUCCACUUAGGGGAAGCCAUAGAACAAAGCUAUUCAGACGCAAACAAGUUUGACGUCAUCGACUGCUCUAAUUUCGUGGAUCAUGUUGGGUUAGCCAAUUUAGUUGUUGCAUGCAGCCAAAAGUUGUCGGAUAACCCAAAUGCAGUUUUUUAUACCGAAGUAGUAACUGACCGUCAUCAUUCGGCCAACACAAUCGUUGAGACAUCCCUUUGUGUUCCAUUGAGUUUGAUUCCCACUAUUUACGGGUUAAGAUUGGCUGACCAUGUUGAAUUAAGGGAUUCUGCCGUAGAUUACUUGCGUUGCAAUACCCCUCUAAGAGGACGUUCAGUGAACCUCUGCUGGCAGAAAGUACCACCCUUUCAGAACCUAAAAUUGGUCCCUUCUCCUGAUAUAAAUCGAUGUCUAACAAAACUAGCCAAACUCUGCCAUCUAACAACAUUUCCUAAACAUGCCUUUUCAACAAGCAGUACUGGAAGUGAAAUCUACUACACUCCCUUAACAUUCAACUAUAUUUUAGAUUCAAUGAUUAAGCGACUGGGACAUGAUUAUUGGUUACCUCAGCUUGAAAUCACUCCCCAAUUCAGUCUGUCAAGAAGAAUUCUGGAGGAUUGGAAGAACGGGAAGAAAAUGAAGAAAUUUUCUGCUUUUGUUCAGCACAUACAUAUGUCUGCUGUCAGCAAAGAUACUACCCCUCUACUUCGGCUAGUUAUUGUCCUUUGGGCUUCUUAUAUGCUUAAUCCCGUCUUAUCCGGACCUGAUGUUCACUUUAUCGACAAUUUUGAACUUGGAUUGAAACAUUCUUCAAAAGGAACAGCAGUGGAGACGGUGUCGUUUUUACUCGCUCACGAUCAUGGUUUUGAUGAAACGUACGCUGCGAUUGUAUUCAAUGCUUUGACUGGAUUGCCAUUCCUAUUCUUAGAGUCUUUUGAAUCAAUGCGGGUAGAGGAAUAUAGUGUACCGUACCCGAUUGAUCAAAGCAAAUCUCAACUUCCACUGGAUCCUAAUGAAAAAAUGUACAUGAAGGUUGAAAGUUGUAUCGAGUCAGAAGAACAGUACACCCUUAGGAUUGCCAUUGAAUGUGAUGGAAAUGUUUCAGGAUUGAAGAUAUCCACUAACGAGCAGGCCCCCUGCGAAUCCUGCCAUGACGUCACAGUUUCAUUGACUCUACCCAGCAAAAUCAAACCAUUGUCAUUAACAUUUCCAUUUCCGAUCCUUACGAAAAAUGUUCAAGCGACACUCCAUCGAAAAAGUCGACAUGUCGAUUUGUUGUUGAAGAAAUCCCUGAUGGAACCUUGGCCAUGCGAGUUUCACACUAAAAAGUCAAAAUGGAUAGUAGACGAUUUAGUUCCCUGGAAAAACGAGGGACUCACCUCUGAAGAUGGAUUCAAAAAUGUGGAACAACAUGUGGCCAGUCAGUUUUUAUCUAAGGAUAUCAAUUUAAGCCAUUUUCUUGAUCCAAAUAAUUCUGCAUUGGAUAACUUGCGCCUCAAGCUUAUAACAUUGAUGUCCGGUGUUGCUGAGUUCGUCAGUUACGGUCGAAAUGACGAUUGGUACCUACUGAAACUCCAUCGGCCCCUUCUUACUUCCCCGAUGGGUAGCCCAAUUGUGUUGAUUACGGCUCUCGAUGACAACCACACGCUAAAAUUUGGACAGAAAUAUUUUACGAACAACCCAAAUGUGCCUAAAGAAGUAAUGGAUCAAUGUAAGAUUUUCGCGAAAGUUUUUCCACUUGACGCACUUCAGGACAAAUUGGUAUUGUACGCCGAGACCGAAGAAGAGUUUCAAUUGAUUCGUUUUCUCCUGCGUUUGAACUCUACUAGAAUCGAGCCCAGCAAAUGGCAGAAGGAGAAUAUUCCUCUAGGAGGUAGCAGUCCUUGGCUUGCUACUUUCCUUUCGCCUCUCUACCAGGAUUCUGUAUCGACGGAAAGCAUCAAGGAUGAACCAGCUGACGAGAAAUGCUGUGCCGUUUGUAAGAAAAUCCCUGACAAGUUGAAGCGUUGCAGUCGUUGCCGUUCCACUUUUUACUGCAGUGUCGAGUGUCAACAUUCUCAUUGGCCAAUGCACAAACCCAUUUGCAAGAAAUUGUAAUUUGGCCAAAAGUUCAUCCAACAGCUUAAUCCGUGAGUUUAUUCUGAGUUAUUGAACUGGUCAGUUAAUUGAUUGACCUGUUAAACUUAAAAAUACAGAUAUUGUUGUAAUCAAGUGCGUCGCUGCAUAUUGCUGUGUGGAGUUUUUAUGUGUCAUCUAAACUUUUUUGUAUUGAAAACCAAGAAAUUUUAAUAAAAUCAACUUUUAAAAAAAUAA